AUGACUGUGGGGAGAGUGGUGACACUAAAUCCAAGAGGAUUCAACCCUGUCCUAUUGAAGCCUAUCCUGGGAGCAGCGGAAAUAUGCCGAAGCCGAAAUCCUGCCUCGUUCACAGACAAGCUUCUUCUCAUUCUAGUACAAGUGGAGGCAGCAGUCCCACCAACGACCAAGUUAAACUACAGGGGAAUCGGGGUUGUGGGACUAGUCCACAAAAGGGGGCUCCUCUUCCCUUGGGAUCAUCGUCAUGAAGAAAAAGUAGAUGGUGAUGAUGAUGAUGGUGGUGGUGGUGGUGGUGGUGGUCGUAGUGGUCGUAGUGUUGCUCCCCGUGCUUUCUCUGUAGAAGCUUUUGACUUUCGAUUCAAGCCAGUCGAGGAUGGUGGACUUGAGAGUAGUCAUUGA